GGGUGGGGAGGGAGGCGGGGACUGGGUAAUCUGUAGCCAACUCCAGGGAGGGUUCCUGCUAUUUUAAAAAGGGGGAGCACACUCUUGAGGUUACGACCAUUAAAAUUCCUGCUUCCCCACUUUGUGCCUCUCUGAGCCUUGUCUCCAAAGAACAGCUCUUCCUAAUGACCCAAAGGCGGGACACUGGACGGCCGGAAGGACAACGUGGGCUGCAAGUGGGCAUAUGCAGCGCAUGGAUUCGGACGCACUGGAAGACAGCUCGGUGCUGUGCUUUGAAACGGAAGGUAGUUCAAAGGCCACAGGCUUCCUGUUUGCUAGAGGACGGCUAAAGGAGCAGACGGGGAUGUGAAAAGGAAGAGGGCUCGGCCAUUUUGUGGAUACACGCUCUCCUGGGAGGCUGGAUUCCCUCUCCACACCCGUCUUCCUGGGCAACGGUCCUCCCAGAGAAGCCAGAGGCUGCCUCAGAAGCGAGUCUGUGGCAGAUACAAACGCUUUGUCUGCCUUCCCAACAUUGCCUCCGAGUCACACAAAAGCCCCGGAAGAAAAGCAGUGCUCCUCGGCUGCGAAAAUGAGCAGAACCAGGUCGCGUCCAGGCUCCAGGGGGCCUUCCAAAGGCAGCAGAGAUGGCCACCGUGCAUUCCUUUCCCCUUCCGUGAGCAGUGAGGUUCUUUUGCGAGGAAGAUGAAAGGGUUUUUUUAAAAAAAUAAUUAGUUUACUUUGAAAUGAAUAGAUCUUGGAAAUUAAUAUUCAGAGCUCCCUGAGCUUCAGAUUCAUGAACUAAAUAAUUUAGUGUCCCUUAUAAAUAGGAGCACCCCUAAUAAAUAGGACUUCUUGGGAGAAAAUAGAGCCCAGUGAUUCUGCCCCACGCCCUCCCCCCCCCCCCAAAGGCGUUGGCCUUGCGUGCAAAAGGCAGCCUCCUGGCUGGUGCCUGAGCUUCUCCUCAACAGCCUUCAAAUAACAAAGCCCUGCUUCUCCUCAAUCCUCUGCUUUGGGUUACCUGUUGUAAAUAAAACUCAGGUUGGUUCUUUCUUAAUUUUCCUUCUUGGUUCAUUGUGGUUCAGAGGUCUAGAUAAUUUUAGACAAUGUUUUUUUGUCAGUGAGUACAUCUAAAGAAACCCCCGACUCUUGCUAUGUGGAGACAAGAUCCCCCGUGUUUCUGGCUUCGAUCGUCCCCCUGGAUGAAACAAUGGCUAUUCUGCCCCAAAGGCGGCGUUUGUGGCCUCGCCAGGGAGAUCUUGCGCGGAGAAGGCGGUGAGGGUGAGAGACUGACAGUCCAGAAUUGUCUACCCAGGAGAAGUAAUUAACCACAGCAGAGUGGAUUUCUGUUGCUACACUGGCUCUUUGGGGCAAAGUUUGUUGUUGCUUGUGGAGUUCUCUUGGCAACCCUCUACUUUGAAGGAAAAGAGAGUGUGGCUCCUCCCUCUGGAGGUUAACCUUCCUUGUGUUCUUCCCCCCUGCCCAGCUUUCCUCCACAGCAGCUCCACUGGGCCUCCAUAAGCAGUUUUCUCCAGACCUCCCUGAAGGUGGGUGCUCGGCUGUUCCUUUAUACAAUCUUUGCCUUGUUUUCAAGUUACAUUCUGGGGAGAAGGACCAGGUCAGCACUGAAAUCAAUUUGCUUACUUGUCUUUUUAAAAAUGGGGCCAAGAAAAGUUGUAAAGAUCCAAUUCAUGUUUUUAUAUGGUAACAUGGUUAAUUACAUCUAUGAAAUAGCCAAGUUUAGUUUUCCCCAACAUUUUAAGUAAAAUGUGCACAAUUUCUCCCAAGUCUUUGGGCACAAAGUUGUCAGGAGAGCCCCGUCUUUUCCUCUUUUCCUUUACAGUCCCAGCUUGUUGCGUGGUUCUCCUGGGACAUCUUCAGAAAAAGAAGGAAGAACAGUUUGGGAAUAUUUAAAUCUCUCUCUAGGUGUUAUUCUGCAGUGUGAACAACCCACGUGAUACUGGGAAAUGAAAAGAAUUCCAGGCUGUUCAUUUAGGAGAUACAUAAGAUCCAGGGUAGGAUUUGGGCAAAGAUGUUCCAUUUAUCAGGAUUGAGCUUUAACAACUGGUGCAUUUUUUUCUUUGUGGGCUGUAACAAUUUGAAUAAAUAAUUGUCUGCAGCUCUGGAUUCGCUCUCUUGCACUAGAUUGAUAGUGCUGGGCUUUCUGGUGAGAAAGUCAGAAGUUCUGUGCGUAGGGGUGCUGUCUCUCGCCCCAGGCAGGAGAAGACUGAACAAAAUACAGGCCAGGGAUGGGACAGGGAGGGAGUUUGGUGCUUCAGUGUGUGUCUCUUGACUCUUCAGAAGCUUGGUUUAUUCACGCUCACUGAAAGCAUCUGAUAUUCUAGAACAGUGAGGUUGUUCAGACCCUUGAUGCAGCUUCCUCUUGUGGCUUCUGAAUGUGAACAGUAUUUCUUCUAUAAAACUAUGCCGGAAUGGCACUUCACAAUAAAUCUAGCUUUCUGUUCAUCUCCAGUGCUGCUGGCAGCAUUGUUCAAGUUAGACAGAGGAAAGCUUCUCCAGCCGUGUGCCAAAGCAGCAAUGGCCACAGCUUCAGUGGAUUUUGAAAGGGACGAGGCCUGUGAGCUGAGUGAGGGAGCCUGAGCACCUCCCCCCCCCCCCGCCCCCGUGGUGUUCAGAGACCACAUCUGGAUAUGCCACUUCCUGAAUUUUGGGGCAGCCGUACCUCGGGGGGCUCCCAGAGAUGGUAAGGGGGCAGGCUUUGUUCCAGUGGAAAUACGGCUGGGAAAAAUGCCUUGCCGCCAAAUUUUUGUAGAGGAUAAGUUACUCAUUAAAUUACUGUAAGCUCUUUUGCAAGAUAAGCCUUGUGGCAACUGAUUAACUUUGGCAGAGCCAGAGGGAAGGUUUGGUUCUCUGCCCAUCUCAGCCUAUGACUCCGAGCAGCAAAAAGCAAUUCAAAGCAAUAUAAAAAUGUGUUUUAAAAAUAGUAGUGAAUCGUCCGAAUCAGUUGCCGCAGUCAUACUUUUCCCAUGCCCGAGGAAUUGCUGCACCCUGGCCUUUGAAGUACAGGAUUAGGCCAGCGUGAAUUUUUCCAUCUGAAUCAACUUCAAACCAUUUUGCCUCUUCAUUAGAAGUGCUGUAAGUUCAAAAGGGGCUGGAGUGACAUUCCUCCUUGGACCCGACCCCAGUCUGGGAUAGACCCAGGGCUUGAUAGGCACCCAUCUGCUUCCAGCUAGCAGAUUUUUGGGGAUUUCCUUUUUGUUGCAGGCAUGGAAUUCGGGGUCAGUGUCAAAGGCUGUGCUCCUGGGCGAUUUCUGAGUGGGAACCCAUCCCCAGUACAGACUUCUCCAAAAAAGCUGCCGGCAUUCUUCCUAAAACGACGCAGGAAGAUCAGCCAGACUUGUGUUAAAAACAGGGGACAGCUGAAGCUCUCCAUCCAUGUGCGGGGCAGACGGCUUAAACUUUACGUCGUGGAAGCCAAAGGCCUAAUGGGAAAACAGUAUCGGAUGUGUGACUCCUUUGUCAAGGUGUCCAUUGUGCCAGAUACAUCACGGAAAUGCAGGCAAAAAUCCAAGACUGUUCUGGGCAGUAAAAACCCCAUCUUUCACGAGCAAUUUAUCUUCUGCUUGCAGGAGGAAGAUGAGCAAAAGCGCCUCCUUGUCACCGUCUGGGACCGACCACCGGAUUCUUCUAGGCAGAGCAGACUCCUUGGCUGCAUGAGCUUCGGCGUGAAGACCCUGCUGGCUCCAGGCAAGAAGAUUUGUGGCUGGUAUUACUUGCUGGCAGAAGACCUGGGCAGAACGAAGCACCUGAAAGUGGGCACACGGCAGCUCAAGCAAGGCCAAGAGAUGACGUUAGCCACGCCGGCUGCCUUAUUGGGGACGCAGCAGCAGAUCCAGAUUUCAAUCCCACGUGGGAAGAAUGGGUUCGGCUUCACCAUCUGCUGUGACUCCCCUGUUCGGGUCCAAGCUGUCGAUUCUGGCGGCCCAGCAGAUAAAGCUGGCUUGCAGCAACUGGAUACGGUCCUUCGGCUCAAUCAGCAGCCUGUCGAAGCCUGGAAAUGCGUAGAAUUGGCUCAUGAGAUUCGGAACUGUCCUCAGGAAAUCAUCCUGCUUGUUUGGCGCAUUGUGCCGCAGGUUAAACCCAGCCCGCCAGGGGUCACCCGCCACCCUUCUUGCAAAUCCACGUAUGAUUUGCAGUCUCCGUCCACCUGGCGGGAGAAGAGCAGCACCGGGCGAUCACGGCCCCCCGAGCAACGGCAGAGCUGUCAUGUCUUGUACGAUGGGAACCACGAGUUUGCGCUCAACGGCUGGGAGCGAUACACUGAGCUUGGCAAGGCUCCCCAGCAGCACACCAUGCCUUCGCCUUCCCGACCUCCUUCCUCCAGUGGUACAGACAAGAAUUACAUCAUCCUUACCCCACUUAAUGCAGGGGGCCAGCUUCUGAGGCGAGUCUGCCAGGAGAAUAAAGCUGCCAGAGGCAAUGUGUGCAAAGGAGAAUCUUGUGGGAAGAAAUCCCGGCUCAUGAAGACGGUGCAGACCAUCAAGAGCCACGGAAGCAGCGCCCGGAGCUGCCCUCUGAUGGGGUCCCACAUCCCACCCUCCAGUUACGGCACAUACGUGACACUCGCUCCCAAAGUGCUGGUGUUCCCCAUCUUCGUGCAGCCUCUGGACCUUUGCAGCCCAGCUCGGACACUGCUUUUAUCCGAAGAGCUGCUUCUUCACGAGACUCGAAACAAACCAACUGAGGUGACCCUCUUCGUUUACUCAGACUUACUGCUCUUCACCCGGGAAGAGGAGCCGGGGCAAUGUAGUGUCUUUCGCAACCCGCUUUAUCUGAAGGAUGUUUGGCUGCAAGAGGAUUCCUCUGAAGAUCUGAAAUUCUGCAUUCUUUAUCUGGCAGAGGAGCUGGAGUGUGUGCUCAGCCUGCAGGCUCGCUCCCACGAGCAGAAGACCAGGGUGUGCUGGUGUCUGAUGGAUAACAUCGUGAAGCAGCAGCCAAGAACGACUCCGACAGCCCCUCCGGCAGAAAGCAAGAUGCUUGAGCCAGGAGCUGAGAAAUUAGGGGCAGUGCCAUCUGUGGGGCAGGAUGACAGCCGCCGCCUUGCCUGUCCUGGGAGAGACAGCUCCAUAGAGGGGGUGACAGAUGAAGCUGUGGCAGACGUCCAGGGCAUCGGGAUGGAACAGGGGAAGCAGACCUGCCACCUUGAGCGGAAGGAAGAGGAAGCGCUCGGCAGUGGCUCUGCGGCCUUUGCAAUCCCACAGUUGCAGGUGGACGGGGCAUUUAGCCAAGACCUGACCUGCCUCACCAGCCUCAAGCUCAGCGGUCCAGGGGAAUUGGCGGAAGAGGAGGAAGAGGACAGCGGUGAGGCCCGUCUGGCCAGGGGCGAUCGAAAACGCUGCAGCUUGUUCGAACCGUCAGUGUGCAGCCUGAGUGUGCAGAACUCUCUGCGGCGUCGGACUCACAGCGAAGGCAGCCUGCUUGAGGAGCCCCGAGCGGGCCACUGCUUCACCUCUGACACCAGCCUGAAUUACACCGAGAUGCAAGGAUCCACCCCCAGCUGGACGCUGCCAUCUCCGCAGAGCCUCAAGAAACACCUUACGAAGAACGGGGGCUCCAUCCACCAACUCACUCUGCUCUUCGUUGGGAAUCGGAAGCAACAGCAGGUGCUGGACUCUGAAGGAGUUUGUGACUCAGGAGCAGCCCACAAGAUGAACAAGGCAAUGGCCAAAGACGUCAAGAACCGACUGGGGCUCUUUCGGAAGCGGCAUGAAGCCCUGGGCGGCCAGCCUGAGAACAAGGCCGACAAAGGGAUGAAGCCUGUGCGGCCACCUCCUGAAGAAGCUCUCAAGUGGGGAGACUCACUGGAAAAGCUGCUGCAACAUAAAUAUGGGGUGGCUGCCUUCCGUUCUUUCCUGCACACCGAGUUCAGUGAGGAGAACUUGGAGUUCUGGCUGGCGUGUGAGGAAUACAGGAACAUCAAGUCUCAGGCCAAGAUGAUAGCUACGGCCAGGAAGAUCUUCACCGAAUACAUUGCUGUCCAAUCGUGCAAAGAGGUCAAUUUGGACUCCUACACACGGGAACACACCCAAGAGAGCUUGCAAAACAUCAGCCGGGGCUGCUUUGAUCUUGCCCAGAGGCGGAUUUACGGCUUGAUGGAGAAGGACUCCUACCCCCGCUUCCUGCGCUCGGAGCUGUACUUGGACCUCAUUAACCCGAGGAAACCUAGCUCUUCCCUGUAGAAAAGAGGCUAGGUCUUCCUCCAGGAAACUUUAGGGGAGCAGUUAUGUUUACAAAUAAUUACAUUUUUGGCUAAGGGAUUAUCUGGAUAAAUAAAUCUGUCUUCCCACCCAAAGGGGCCUGGUGUUACAGAACUAAGCAGCUUUACUAUUCCUUCUUCCCAAGAACCUGCUUUUCCCUCUGGUACGAUGAAGUCAUAGCACCCAACGCUGCAAAGGAGAAGGUCUUCCCUUGGACGGCCGUGAGGUCCAGAGACUUUUCUUCCACCCUUCCGCUGUGCUGGGGGUGGCUGUGCUGCGGUGAGCUCCUCCUGCACACACAGCCGUCUUGGGACAUCCGUGGCUUUCAUGAACGGGCCACAUCCUCACAAGAACCAGACGGAGGGAGAGGGUCACCCGCAGACUUUUCCUUUUGAAUCUUGGCGUGUCUCCUCUCGGCAGAGCGCCCCUUCUUAACUGUCCUGUCCUGCUUUUCUUCAGCCGUCUGAGAGGCGUAACCCUGGCUAAGUUUAUUUAUUGAAGCCUUCUAGUGGGAUACUGUGUCUGUGAGAAUGUCUCCCUGUUGAGUUUCCUUUUAAAUUUUAAGUGCAAUAUUUUUUAUUACCUUAUAGCCAUGAUUUCUCUCCUGGUUUUAUCCCUGAUUCUUGGAGUGUGUGGCAGAAUGUCAGUCAGUUCUCGGUCAGUCUUGUUCCUAUUUUUUGGCCUUUGACAUCUGCUCCAGCAGCAGAUGUGUAAAAAGCUUACAGCAUCUUGUUGCAACAGCAGUGUACUUUGUAGAGACGGAAAAACAUCUGUAUGUUUCUGUGCUGUGUCAUAAAAGAAUGUGUGAGACAACAGUGUGUCUGGAUUUGUAUUCAUAUCCAGGUGACUGUUCAUGUUUGGGUCCAGAGAAAUUAAAUCUCCUCCAACAAAUCUUUUGACCAAGUGCCUGGUUUACUACUCAGGCCUAUCUCUGCACUCUAAAAUAUUUUUGUCGGUUUGUUUUUUACUACAUCACGUCUAUUUAGGAUAAAUAAAGAGACAUGUUAAGCCGUC